AUGCCCUCCAUGGUAGAAGACGAGACCGCCGAUGUUGACGAGCCUCCGGAAAAUCCCACCCAGGUGCCCGUCUCUCCCAUGAGCAGCAUGUUCAAGAGGAACCCUAUCCGACGCACUACCUUGGACCACAACACCUCUCUCCUGACGAAGGCUCUCCACAGCCCUUCCGAGGAUGAGGACCCCGAAGCCCGCCCGGGCAUGUCCUUCUUCGCCCGCCGCCGUUCAAUGGCCAGCAACGUCAGCCUGGCCUCCACCGCCGACUUGACGAGCGACACUGGCCUUACCAGCCCUUCUCGCGCCAACACUCCCAGCCCUCCCAUCCCCGAGAUGCGCUUCCUCCGUCUCAACGAUGAGCCUCAGAAGCUGGCCAUGCAAGCUCCCGCUGCUCGUCCUCAGGAGCCCGCCCAGGAAGCUCCCAAGAAGCGUUGCAUCCAGUUCGCCUGCGCAAAGCCCAAGCCUGCUGAGCCCAUCCAGGCCCAGCCUAUGGUGAAGGCCCCUUCUGCCCAGGAGCCUCAGCGCAGAAGCUGCAUCAAGUUCGCCUGCCCCGUUCCUCAGCGCCCUGCUUCCACGCAGAACACUCCCCCUCAACGCUUGGAGAUGGCCGCUGCUAUGCUCCAGCCCCCUUCCCUGAAGGAGAGCUCGCCCGCGACUGUUCGCAAGUCUCGCUCGCGUUCCCCGCGACCUACUCUCGCACCUCCUCGCAUCGCUGUCGACGUCAAGUCGCCUACUACAAAGAAGUACAUUACCGCCAACGACAACGACUUGCAAAACGAGUCUUCUCACUUCCACGAGUUUGCGAGCGACGUUCCCCGCGAGGAUGACUGGAUCCGCAACGCCUUCACCUCUCAGGGCCGCCGCAUCACUGUAGACGACACCUUGCAGAAGGAGAACGCCAUUCGCAAGUUGGCGAUUGAGGCCGAGGAGGAGGCUGAGGAGGAGGAGAACGAGGAUGAUCUUGAGACCGCCAUCGACGACGAUGAAGAGAACGAUGCCGAUGAUCAGGACGAUGAGGAGGAGCAGGACGACGAUGACGACGAGGAUGACGAGGACGAUGAGGAUGAGGACGACGACAACUCGGAUGGCUACAAGACCGACGAGGAGACCGGAUUUGCUGAUUCCGACGAGGAGGACGACGAAGACGAUGAUCUCAGCCUCUGGACGCCCGGCCGCUCUACCGCUCAGAAGAUCGACACCACUCCUGUGGCUCGCCGUCCCUCCCUUCCUGAGCAGCUUUCCGAUUCUUCAAUCGCCUCGCGCACCAGCCUCCGUGCUCGCCGCGGCAAGACCCAGCGUAUGAGGAUCCGCCCCGGUACCCCUGAGCUCCCCGACAGCACCGACUUUGUCUGCGGUACCCUCGAUGAGGACCGCCCCAUGGAGGAUGCCUACAUCUCCUGCCUCGCAGCUCGCAGACGCGAGAAGCUCCAGCUCAUCCCUCAGGACAUUGACCCCAGCUUCCCUGCUUCGGACCCGGAAGACGAGGGCGAUGAGGAGAUAUACAACCCCGUUCACCACAGCAGCGACGACGAGGACUUCCUCCACGGCAAGAUGGAGGACCUCCACCACGGACAGGACAGGAGAAGAGGUCGCAGGAAGUCGGAGCACACCUCUCCCAAGCGCUUCCGCUCUCCUCCCCUCAUGAAGCGUCGCGCCUCUCCUGCGCCCAUCAAGCGCCGUGCUUCUCCCGCACCUAUCAAGCGCCGCGCCUCUCCGGCUCCCAAGGCCCGUGGACGCUGCCUCUUUGACGGCCCUUCUCCCCGCCGUCUUCGCUCUCCCCCUCCUACCCAGGCACUGCGGUCUCCUCCCGCAUCCCCUCGCAACGUACAGGGCGCUAUUACCUUCAAGACUCUGGCCUCUCGCCCCGGCCUUACUGUUACCAAGUCUCUCCCCCGUCCCCCAUCCAUGUUUCCCCACAUGGCCAAGGGACGCCGCACAAAGGCUCCGGCCAACGACAUCCACGUCCGCGGCGCCAUUGACAUCGUCAAGGGCCUGGAGAGAAAGCGACAACGUCGCAAGGAGAAGUUUUACCAAAAGUACUGCAACCGCGCUCGCAAGGGUCAGAUCCCUGAGCGCAAGCCACAGCGCGGUCUCGGCUGUGAGCGCAUGAGAGAGCUUGGUCUGCUCAUGGCCGGCAAGAUCGACCAGGGCAACUACGUUCUCUCCGUCUAA